AUGGCACCGGAGUAUACAAUGGGAGGACAGUUUUAUGUAAAAUUGGACGUCUUCAGUUUUGGAGUUCUCUUGCUAGAGAUAGUAAGCGGCCAAAAGAAUAAUGCUUUCCAAGAGCAUGGUGAAAGCCUUCUCACCUCUGCAUGGAAGUUGUGGUCCGAAGGUCAAGGGUUGGCACUAAUCGAUCCGUUAAUCAAAGAGUCAUGUGAUGGAGUUGAAGUGUUAAAAUGUAUACAGAUCGGUCUAUUGUGUGUUCAAGAAAAGCUGGAGGAUCGACCGAUCAUGUCAUCCGUGGUUCAUAUGCUCGGAGGAGAUACUAACUCACUUCCCCGACCAUUGCUGCCUGCAUUCUUAGUUGGGAGAGAUGUGAGAACACUCGAUCCUAUCGGUGAAGAAGCUUCAACUGUUAAUGAAGCAACCGUUUCAGAUGUUUCGCCUAGGUGA